AUGGCUAAGAGAGGUCGAGGAAGGCCUCGGAAGGAUGAACCAGCAGCCAUCGCGACAAAGGACACUCCACUACAAACUAUACAAGCUCUGAUUUCUGGUGGAAAGGAGCAAUCGAUGAAUAAGGGUACUAUAACUCCGAAUAGGGAAGCAACGUUGAAGUCAACUGGAAAAACCUCGGGGAUUCCAAAGCUGACACCACCAGAUAUGGCAGCAACACCGACAUCAACUGCUAGCAAAAACCCAAUAUUAGGAUCUGCCAUUGCAAUGGAGAAACCAAGGGAAACGAGAUCCAUUGGGGGUGUCACUCCUAUGCAAUUGAUGGCGGUAAAGGAAACUAGAGAGGAGCAAAAGCCAGCUCAACAACCGGAGGAGGGAAAUAUGAGGCAAACCCGCACUUGGACUAGUUUGUUUGCAAAUAAUCGGAAUGCGGCAAAUGGUAUGCCCCUUUCUUUUAUUCCCCCGAUUAUUGUUGAUGGGGAACCAAUGGUGGUAAUUGAGAGCAGCGAGACAGCUGCACAAACUAAGGAAUGGUCAAAUGCUUUGAUACUGUAUGUUAUGGGGGAAACACCUUCUUUUAGUUUUAUGAAAAAAUACAUUGCUAAAAAUUGGACUGGUGUAGCUGAGCCUAGGGUGUAUUGGCAUGAGGAGGGGUAUUACAUAGUGAAAUUCCGGUGCAUAGAGGACAGGGAUGAAAUACUGUACUCCGGACCUUAUACACUUAACAGCAGGCCGCUAAUCUUAACACCAUGGACCCCAAAUUUUGACUUCCAGCAAGAUUUUCCCAGAACUAUGCCAUUGUGGGUAAGAUUUCCGAAUCUGCCCCUAAAUCACUGGGGGCCUGGUCCUUUGAGUAAAAUAGCUAGCAGAUUGGGGGAACCUAUGUUUGCAGAUGAAUGCACAAAAAAACAGACCUAUCUCUCCUUUGCUAGGGUCCUAGUUGAUGUGGAUAUUACUCAGGAUCUACCAAGAGAAAUUGUAGUAACUGAUGAGAAUGGACAAACGUUUACUCAGGGUGUGGAAUUUGAUUGGAAACCUCUAUUCUGUAAGUAUUGUAUACAGCAUGGGCAUGAGUGCAAAGAGGAUCCAAAGCAGCCUACAAAUCAGAAGAAGGGAAACCGAAUGCAACACCCACAAAAAGGGGAAAAGAGAGGCUACAAAGGUUAUGAAAAACCUGUGCAGCAAUGGGUUGGAAAGCCAGGGCCAGUACAGUUACCAGGGGUUGUAAUCAAGCCAGUAAAUGUUCAGCAGGACACCCAGAGAGUUGAGGCUACUGAGGGGAAGGAUAAGCAAAAAGUAAUAACUCAACCAGAAGGAAACAAAGAGGAAUGGCCAGCACUGCCAACUAUAUAUGUGACACCACUACCUGGAGGAUCAUCUGGAGCUUCAAGCUCACAUGUGGAUAGUAUGGGUAGCAUGUCCUUUGGUGCUGCUCAUAAAGGGGAAAGCUCCCCAUUGGUAACUGGUGCUAUGGUAACAGUGAAACUGGGAUUGCCUCCAGAGGGAGGGGAACCACCAACUUGCCAAUGAAGUGGAUUUUCUGGAAU